AUGAGUUCUACAGUUGAAGCAAAGUCCGCUGGUGGUCGAGGAAAGGCCAAAGGUUCAAAAAAAUCAGUGUCCAGAUCUCAAAAGGCAGGUCUCCAAUUCCCUGUUGGCCGUAUUGCUAGGUAUCUGAAGAAGGGUCGUUAUGCUCAGCGUCUUGGCUCUGGUUCACCUAUCUAUCUCUCUGCGGUUCUUGAAUAUCUUGCUGCUGAGGUUCUAGAGCUUGCUGGGAAUGCAGCUAGAGAUAAUAAGAAGAACAGGAUUAUUCCAAGGCAUAUACAAUUGGCUGUCAGGAAUGAUGAGGAACUUAGCAAGCUGUUGGGGUCGGUGACAAUUGCUAAUGGUGGAGUCCUGCCCAAUAUUCACUCAAAUUUGUUGCCCAAGAAGAAUGGCAAGGGGAAAGUGGAAUCUGCAUCUCAAUCUCAAGAGUUUUAA